UGCCCGAGUAGAAAUCGAUGCGAGUCCGACAAGUUCGUCCCGUUGUCAAGGCAACCAUUGUGGACCCAAACAAGAACGGAAACGGUGUUGAAUUCGUUCAUCCAGAUUUGCAGCUCUCCGAUCGGAAGUUAGGUUCCGGAUUUAGGCGAAGAUGUCGUUUAAAGACGUUCGAGACCUCUCGGAGCACCUGAAGCUUCUUGGCUACCCGAACAACAUCCCCCUCUCGGUCCUGAACACACCCUACGGCGGUCCGGAGAGCUUCAAAGCCUACUAUGACGUCCUAACGUGGCUGAUCGGCCGGCUUGAGCCCACUCUUACCCUAGCCGGUGGUAUCCGCAGCGAGCAGGACCGUGUCCUGUUCGUCCGCUCGGCCACCGAAUUUCUGGUCACCAAGUCCAGCAUCAAGGUAAACCCUCGGAAGCUGUACGCCAGUUCGGCUGCCGCCGCCAAGGAACUGCUUAAGGUCACUUCACUGUUGAUUGCGUCGCCGAAGGUGACCGGGGCCGACGAGGAAUCGAUCAAGUCGCACGUGGAGAUUGACCUGUCCGAUAAGAUGGACGAUCUGAAGAAGGUAAGAGGGUUGUCGUCAGAAUUGACCAAUCGGGGAGCUGCGCUGUACGAUUUGCUGAAGAAGGAGCUGGUCAAUAGGGAGACUCGAAUGGUACAGUCGACUCGACCGCUGGAGUUGGCGACGGUCGAGAAGGUGAUCAAGUCGGCGAUCACCUCGUUGGAUGGAAAGCUGGUGGCGUCGAAGGCAUCGCUGGAGAGCUUGAAGGCCGAGAAUGGAAAUUUGACGUCCAAGAUUCAACGGAAGUCGUCGGAGCUGGAGCGAUCGAAGCAACGGCUGCAGGCGUUGCAGAAGGUUCGGCCGGCAUAUCUGGAGGAGUUCGAGAAGUUGGAACUGGAGUUGAAGAAUCUUUACGAACAGUACAUCAUACGGAUUCGUUGCGUGGACGCUUUGAAGUCGCAGUUGAUCAGUAAGAAUCGAACUCCGACACCGACUUCACCGAUUGCCAAGAUGACGGACAGCAGUAUGACGAUUCUACCCGAAGGACUGAUGGAUUCGGACGACGAGAAUGAGGAUGAGAUCGACGACUUUGACGAGAGAGAGGACGUGAAACUGAAGUCGGAUAAGAGAGUUCUGCGAAGUGAGCUGUUGAACAGAGAUCGUGGAUCUACGCGGUUCCGUACAAGGACUGCCGAAGGACCGUCGUCGAUGAGUGGCCGGGAUCGAGUCCGGAUGAUCGGCGGGAUGAACGAUGAUCUAGGACCGUUGGACAGUUCGCUUGGAAGUUCGGCAGAGUCGGAAAGCGACCUGGAGAUGGACGGAAACGGACUUAUCGACGAACUCCGCUCGGAUGAUGACGACGACGACGAGGAUGACGAAAGUCUGACAAAGCUGACGAGGGAGAACUCAAACCUGGCGAGGAGUGCCAAGCAGGACCAAAGCGAUGAAGACUUUUGAACCCCGUGAUCUCUGUCGUCUCCAUAAUCUCCGUAACUAAUAACUUAAAAUUUUAUUUUUAAAACACAAUAAAAUGUACACAGAUUUAUACACAA